AGGAGCCUGUGGUGAGAGCGCGGAGCUCACUGGUCCCUCCGCCCGUCAGUCCCGCGGCGUCUGCGGGCUCAGGAGGCGGGUUCGGCAGCGCCGGGACAUGGCGGAAGGCGGAGGCUGGCGGCCGCCGCGGCCGUGCGAGGCCUACCGCGCCGAGUGGGAGCUCUGCCGCAGCGCCGGGCACUUCCUGCGCCACUACUACGUCCACGGCGAGCGGCCGGCCUGCGGGCAGUGGCGGCGCGACCUGGCCAGCUGCCGCGAGUGGGAGGAGCGCCGCAGCGCCGAGGCCCGGCGGGCCCUGCGUGAGAGUGAGCGGGCGAGACUCCGGGCUACACGGCAGCACGGCCCGGUGUGGCCCCCCAGGCAGAGCCCCCCAGCAGACUGGCACCUCCCUCUGCCCCAGGACAAGGAUGGGUGACCGGGCCAAACAGUCUGGAGGGUCCCUGGGAGCUUCCACCUGGCGUGGGACACGGAGCCCCCGUCUCCAGCCUCGCCUGCCGCCGCGGCCACCACACUCAGAGCCGGUCCACCCAGCACGCAGCUCCAGGAGGCCUGGGGACCGCGGCACAGGAGAGGCCCUCCUGCGGGCUGGGCUCCUCAGCUGAACUCUCGAAGGGCCGUCUCACGCCGUGCCGUGUGGACACGCAGGCCGUGGGAUGAGGUGGCCCCACGUGGCCCUGGUCUGGCGACGGCCACGCAGUGCCAGCCACAGUGUCCUCCCGCCGCGGCGCUCCCUCUGCAGGUGCAGGCGGCCUCCCCCUGCUCACUCACAGCUGCAGGACACAGCCUCGUGUGAAGAGGGUUCCCAGACUCGUGGCUGAAGACGUGCAAGCCCAAGACAUGGAAUUUUGGUGUCCUCCCCUCAGAAUUUCCCCUGGUCGUUUUUAGAAAAUGUGGACGAUAUCAAAAGACAUUUCACAGGUUUGAUUCCAAAUAGAAGCUGAGGGUUAAACCCAGUUUAAUUUUGAAAGGGCCAGAUUCGUACCUGACGGUAGAAUUUUGUGUGCUUACACUUGUAGAUGUUUUUAAAAUAUAUGUGUUUGAACCAACAGGAACCCUGCAGAGGUCUCAUUAUUACAGAGGAAAUGAUUUAGCGUCUGGGGCCGUGUAGCAGGCCCCGCCACAUGGUGCUGAGGGCCAGGCCCGCGGCGUCGGCGCCUCCCUCACAGCCGGGCCCAGCCUGGCCGCAUCACUUAGCUCAUUCUUGGGGCAAAAUAACACCUCGCUUCAGAAAGGUGUCCCUUGAAGGGUAAAGUUCCCCAUUCUGUGUGUUCUCUCCUGUGCACCCCAAGAGUCCUUCGUGACUGUGUACCUGUGAGUGGUGGGGUGUGCACACGGGACCCCCAGGGCAGAGGUGAGUAUACAGAAGACCCGGGGCCCCUCCCAGGGCGGAGCUGGGUGUCUGCGGCAACUAGGGUCCGUCCCCUGCGGCUGCGUUCACGGGCAUUUCUGGCCGAGGAGGGGGAGGGAGGCUGCUGCAGCGCCGCCUGCGUCCUCCUGACUGCGACACGCAGGCAGGGAGGCCGCAUGUCUGGAAGGGCACCCGCUCCCGGGGCUCCCCGCGUGGUGGGGUCGGCUCCAUCAGGAGUCACGCAACUUCUCAGGUGCUGAGCGAGCUCCGCCACAGGUGAGCGUCUCCCUGGAGCACGAUCCUGCGUCCACCCCUCAUGUCCACACACCCUGGGACCACAGGCUUGAAACAGACGUGGCCUCAGAGCCCUGCUGAGCUAAGGGGACAGACGUGAACAUUCAGAUGUCAGCUGUGAAGAAAACGGACAGUGACAAGAGCAUCGUCUUUCAAGCUGUGGGGGCGAAGCCCACAGUGAUCAGCGGCUCGCGUUGUGACCUGGUGGGUCCUGUCGCACGGCGCACGUCACAGAGCCAGUCUUCACGGAGCAGUGCCUGCCUGCGCCUGAGACACUGCUGCCCGGGGCCUGGUUCCGUGACACCAUGAAAGGACGUCAUUACAGGGAUGCGGAUGGUGAUGGUGCCAGGGCCACAGCGGUGGUUCCAGGCGGCUGCGCUGUGAUACAUGGACGGAGGUUGCGGCUGCAGCUGGGAGCCUGGGCCUACUCGGGCUGCACAGCUGGUCUGUGGUGCUGGCAUGACCGGCCCUGUAAGGCGUGAUGUGGGGAGCCGGGGGACCACACACAGCACCUCCCUGUGGAUUUCCAGCCUCCUGUCAAUCUACAAUUACUUCUAAAUAAAAGGUUAAAGCAAAA